CAAACUUGAGUUAUUGGAGUUGGAUCAGUUACUGGGACAAUGUGACUUUGGUGUUUGGGAACGUCGCGCAUGGUAAUAACAGAGUAGCUCUCUUUCUUAUGCUAGGAAUAUUUAUUUUGAGACUGUUGUUAAGUAUGAAUAACAGGCAUGCAGAGAUGGACUGGUGGUGGACAGUUUUCACACUGCUUUUGAAUUUUCAAUUCACUUACGGGUCCCCCUCCUCUUAUGACUUGUUUCACGGGUCUGCAUACACUGGAGUGGUACACAGACACAGAAAUAGGAACUGGUGCGCCUAUGUGGUGCACAAGAACGUGAGCUGCGCCGUGAAGGGGGGUGUGGAGAGCUUCGAGGAGCCUGUGAUGGCCCCCUGCCCACCCUACCAGCCCGACUGCCAGCAACAAGUGACAUUCCAAUCUCGGUUUCGGCCCACAUACAAGAUUGCCUACAAGACAGUCACAGAGUUAGAGUGGAGAUGCUGUCCUGGUUACCAAGGUCUAGACUGUAAAGAUUUAAAACCACCCCCAGACCGACAAUUAGUGCAGGGGACACAGCCUUACCACCCAUCAAAUCCUGUACAUACAACCAGACACACACAGAGGCCAGAGCGGAGAGAGACUGGGCACCAUGAGACGAGGCACGGUGGGACAGAUAAGGUGCGUCUUCUGGAAGGUGAAGUUCAGCGCUUGUCUCAGACAGUACUGGAUCUCCAGUCAGCUUUGUCAGGGUUAACCACCAACCUCCGUACAGACCUGCAGGAAGACACAAAGAAGAUGCUGGAGACACUUCUCAGCAACAUCCGCCCACCAGACACACCCACAGCCACAGACACAGAGGAGACCCCAGCAGUACUGGAUGGUCAUCAGGCUACCAGAGGUGGGAUUGCUGGAGAAAAGGCCAUAGAAAAAAUAGUGGCCCGUUUAGAUGAUAUCAACAAUGCAUUGAAAAGCAAGGAUGAAGCUUUGGAAGACAUUAGAGGAACCAUGUCAAGUCAUGAGGGGCAGAUUCGUGUCUUAAUGGAUGCUUCACAAUCUCAGACUCCAGCAAUGGUGGAGCUUGAUGUUAUACAGACCCAUAUUGAUGGAAAGCUUGAGAAACUGAAGAAGGAGUUAGACCAGAAUGUAGAGGAACACAUGGCCAAGCUACAAAGCUCAUACAAUGACAAGAUUCAGGCCUUGCAGAAUACUUGUGAAAACAGCUGUGACAAAGGUUUGAUCACCCUCACCAAGCUGGUGGACAGCAAGGAGGCUGACCUGAGAAAGGAGAUCCGGUCACUGCGCCUGGACAUGGCUGCGGCAGAUGGACCUGUACGAAUUCAGAGGCAGACAGAUCCAUCCAAAGAGGGAGAGGAUCACAGUGACCACAAAGACUUGUGGCGUGACAUUGAUCGUAUUGCAGAGGCUCACCGCAUCCUGAAUGUCCGCAUUGACAACGAGUUGGCUCACCUGUCUGCACCUCGGGAAGACAAUGACUUAAGCCUACUGAUUGAGGAGCUGGAGGCGCGCAUAAAUGUCACAGAACAAAAUGCAGAGACUCACUGUUUCUAUAUAGAAGAGAAGCUGACCCGUACAAUUGCAGAAGAAGUGGCAGCCCUUCAGCAGAUUCUGGAUGAGCGUCUGAACAGCAUGGAGGACCAGUUUACAAACAUGCUGGUGGAAAUGAGCAACAAGUCCUUCCCUGGGAUGUUUGGGGAAUCCAUGGAUGCCAUCCAGACACAGGUCAACAACAACAAGUUCCUCCUUGAGGGUUUGGAUCAUAAAGUAAAUGCUGUUGGAGAGUUGUGCUCUGCAGGAUGUUCAGCCUCAGGAAUAACUGUAGGUGGAGAAGCCUCAUCAACCACAUUUAAGGGUGUAGAACACAUUUUGAAAGACCUGACCCGGUAUAGGAAUGAAUUGGAUGUUCUGAACACAGAUGUUAAUGCAAACACAGGCAAGCUCACGCAACUGGAAAACCUUCUUAACAGGCAGUCAGAUGGGAUUGAAAGAGGUUCCAAGACGAUGGGAGACUUUCAGAAGGGAUUGAUUAAUCUCCAAGAUAAUGUUCUUGGUCUGGCUGGUGCUGUUACUGGGUUAAGUGAUUCCUUGAGCAAAUACAACCAAGAUAUACACAGAAUAAACUCAACAUGCUGCCAGGCUGAGCGGAGUGCCACUUGGAGUCCAGUUCCUGGUGGUCAGGCAGACGCCACCAGCCGUCAGGUGGAGGAGCUGAAGAGCAGACUUAAUGCACUCAGUAAUCAGGUGUCAUCUGAACUGAGUCAAUGUAAACAGAACACCCAGGGUGUUUCCGAUGGCAUCUCUGCUGUAGAUGGACGUGUAACCAGACUUGAGAAGGUGUGUGGAAGGUUAGACGGGAUUUCUGUUAAUAUCAGAGAGCUGAAAGAUGGGCUGGAGAGACAUGUUGGUGGCCUGCGGGAAUGUGUCAACAGGAUGAACGUCACCUGUGGAAAUUAUGGCGCAGACAUCGCCGCGAUGCAGAAUGCCUUGCAGAGAUUGCAGACACAGAUUACUUCCAAGGAGCCAGGAAUGACCCUCAGACCCCAGGGGCCCGUCUCUUCGCCAGAUUCAACUCCAACAAGAACCAGAGUCCAACAAAUCCACAUACCACUCAUCUUCAAUCCACAGCAAUCUAGCCCCAGGCAGCCUCACAAUCCCAGCCAACCAGUGCAACCCAACAGACACACAAUCUUGAUCGGCCAUCCCUCUAGCCCCCAUUAUCCAGUCCACCCCAGUCAACCCCUUGCUCCGGUACAGCCAGUGGUGGAGACUGGCGAGGCAGGACCGCCAGGAUAUACCCGCAGGGUGACUGUGCGGAGAGGAUCAGAGGACUCAUCUAGAACGCCAGUCAAAGGUUUUGCUGGAGCACCAGGCUAUCCUUCUCUGCAGCCUGAGCCUUUCAAGCCCCAGUCAAAAAGCCGUCGAGCUUCGGUGGCAUCCAAGAUUCCCUGGAACCUGUCUCACCAAGCUCCAGUUGCAUCACCAGUUUCAGUAGACAACAGCGCCUUUGCAGAUCCCUUUUCCUUCUCUGCUGGCCUCACUCAGCAGCCCUUCUCAGGAGACUUUGGCAUCGUCCGCUUCAACAGAGUUCUAGUCAACGACGGUGGACACUACAGUCCCCAAACAGGGAUCUUUACUGUUCCACUGGAUGGCCGAUACCUGAUUUCAGGCCUGCUGACAGCAAAGCAGGGCGACCGCAUAGAGGCCGUCCUGUCUGUGUCUAACCGCAGCGUCCAGAAGCUUCAGAGCUCAGCCGGGCCUGUGGCUGGCCAGUAUGGGAGCUCAGCCAAUGGUAACUGCGGCUGUGGUGGUUCAGUGUCCUUCAGUCUGAUCCUGCCCCUGAGGAAAGGAGACCGCGUAGGCCUGGUGAGGACCGGAGGCCAGCUGGCCACCACCGAGGCCAGGGAGAUCCUCUCCACCUUGAGCGCCAUCUUCCUGUACGCACCACAGGCCAGCAGAUAGCUGGAGCUCAGCUGGCCAGUAACAGCAAAGACUGAAACUGGACUGGAGGAAAUGUGGAGGAAAACAUAGUUAUCACUGUUUCGCUGUGAUGCAGCUACUUUACUGAGCAGUGUGAACAUUUUCAGCUAUAAAUGCCAAAACUGUACUCUGUUACAACCCUUACAUACUGUUCUGACCAUUUACAGUAUCCCCUUAUAAUUAGUCUCUAUACCACAGUUCAAUCAUUUUCAGAGAGCAGAGAGAGUAUAUUUGUUAAGUUUUAUAUGAUUUGUUUAUGGAGAAAAAACAUCAA